AUGCCUAUUGUCAUUAUUGGAGGUGUAACAGCUGUUGGUAAAACAUCUACAGCUAAAAAGCUAAAGAAUUUAUAUGGCUGGGAUUAUGUCGAAGCAGAUGAAUAUCAUUCUAAAACAAAUAUUGAUAAAAUGAUAGCCGGUAUAGCAUUGACAGAUGAAGAUCGUCUUCCUUGGUUACAAAUUCUUCAUGAACAAUUAAAAAAAUAUUUAUCAACAAAUCGAACUUGUGUUAUGACAUGUUCAGCUUUAAAAAGAUCCUAUCGACAUAUAUUAUUAACGGGUUCAUCAGAUCCUAAUGUUAAAGCAGAAAUGCCAAAAGAAGAUUUUUAUAUUAUUAUGUUAACAUUAUCAAGAAAAGCAUUACAUGAUCGUUUGGUUCGACGACAACAUGAACAUUUUAUGAAUCCUAUAUUAUUAGAUUCACAAUUUGCAACACUAGAGUUACCUAUAAAUCAGGAAGAUGAACCUUAUACAUAUAUUAUUAAUUGUGAUGAUCUUUCACAAGAUGAAAUUGUUUGUCAAAUUCAACUGCUGCUUAAAAAAUAA